UCAACAGGAGAUCAAAUAAAAUAUAUACAGAAUUCGAAAAACGUAUAUAGGUUAUUUAGCAAAUUCAAAGUAUAAUAGGUCACGGCACGCUCCCGACGGCACAGUGUAUAAAACUUAUAUUUGCCCCUUGAUAAUAGCCAAAAAAUCACAACGCGUCUAGACGCACUGAGACUUCUUUAAGAUACCAUUCGUCUACUUCAAUUUAUUGCAUAAUAAAACUACUUCACGAUACAUUUUUUUUUUCGUUUCAUCGCAGGAAUGCAUGAAGCUAUGUACGCUGAUACCUACAGAGAUUUGUCCACUCAUUUACCAAUGCUGCAAAGCUUGUAUGAUGAGAUCAACGAUAUUCAUUUUCAUUGCGUGCAUUUUAAUGUUUAUCACAAAAAUCAGAAUUUUCGCUUAGUCGCAAGUUUGAAAUUUGAUAUUAAAAGAUGUUUAAAGAGAGAUAGUACGUUUUCAAACAGUAAAUUUCUCUCUAUGAAUAUUUACGAUUUUUUAUCAUCCACAAUUUCAACGAAUUUUGAUGUUAAUUGUACAAUUUUUACAAACGAAAUGCUUGACGAUGCGUACUUUAGUCUAUUAUUAUACAUUGAUGCUGUUGGGAGCAAAGCUAAAAAGGUUACAACAGCUGGCUCGGUUUAUCCAAAUUUAGUUCCAAGUAAUAUGGAAUACAACCUUCACAAAAUGCAAUUUACGAAUAUGCUUGCGAAUAUGCACAAUUUAAGUGAUGAGGAUAAAGUGAAAUUAAUUGAGGCAUUUGACGUUAUUUACUACUUACUUUAUAGAAUCUAAAUUAGUUUGCAAGAUUACUUCUUUAAAAAGGUACAAUAACAUUUACAAUGUAGGUAUGUAUGUAGGUAUGUAUGUAGGUAUUCCUGUAUAUAUUGUAAAAUCGAAAACAAAUUAACAAACAAACAAAAAAUACAGUUUAUUUUGUUGUCGGAGUUGAGAAAGUCCAAGUGCAAUUAAAGUGCCACAAUUGCCAUCAUUAUUUAUAUCUCCUGAAUAAA